UACUGACCGUCAGACCGUGUAUCUUGAGUGGUUGUGUUUUCGCUAUCGAGCAAAAUGUCUCAGGUGUAUGAAAACAUCUUUCGUGACGCUCUGAAAGAUUUCAGAGUUUCGGAGGAUGGCCUGAUUUCAGGCUAUUGUAAUUCGUUGGAGGAGGUGGAAACACUUCUCGAUCAGCUGAAAACUGUGGGGUUUUCAUACUGCGUGAGAAGUAGUCGUUUUAAAGAGCCUUCUUCAGAUGUUAAGAAAAGUAAAACAAAGCAUUUCUUCAAGCAAAUGCAGGGACAUGUCCCUAUCCCCUUUUUUGGUUGUGCAUUCGCAGUGGAGAGUGUAUGGUCGAGGCACUGUGUUUUGGGGCCAAAAUACUAUAAAAGUAAAGAGUCUAGUGUACCUGAGCACUUGGAAGACCAUGUGACUCCUCGUAAGAGAUUGAGGAUCAUGGAUACUAGAAAAUCCAACUGCCCAGCAAUUUUAAAUAUGAAGUGUAUAAGGGUGUAUCCUGAUUACAGCAUGCACUCAGCAACUGAACACAGGGAUGCCAAGGCAAAAGUUCUUGCAAGUCUACAGAAAGAUUUGGCAUUGCCAUGCCCGCCUAAGAGCUAUCUACGUUAUUAUUUGACUGCUUCCCCAGCAAGUACACACACACAUGCUACUGAAAGUGUUGAAGCAAGUGGGUACAUACAUCCUUCACUUGUAAAGGAAAUCAAAAACUUAGUACUCAGUGGCAUGACAUCUCUCAAAGUCAUUAAGUUGGCUCUAGACAGAUUUGUUGAAAUAAAUUUCACUGGGACACACAUACCAGGUCAAAUGAAUACUACCUUUCACCCCACAGAGAAAACUAUUUACAGUCACAUUUAUCGGACCCUUUAUGGUACAAAUAAAGUAUUGUUUGACGAGACUAGACUGCAGAAUCAGGUUGAUGAGUGGCACAAAGACUCGAGCAAUCACAUGAUUUAUUAUAGACAUUGUUCGGGAGCCAAUGGAGAAGUGAAACCAUUACUUUUUUGCUAUCAGAGCAGUUGGCAGAGAGAUCUUUUGAAGAAGUAUGGGGGUAGUUGUUUGUUAGAUGCAACAUACAAAACAACAACAUAUGAUAUUCCUUUAUUUUUUAUAGCUGUGAAGAGUAAUGUGGGCUAUUUGGUUGUCGGUUUUUUUUUCAUUCAGAUUGAAAAUGCAAGAUCGAUUCAUGAAGCACUAGACAUUUUCAAGGACUGGAACAAGGAUUGGAAUCCCCUCUAUUGGGUUACUGAUUUCUCGGAGUCAGAGAUAAAUGCAAUUGAGCAAGCAUUCCCUCAGACAAAAGUUUACUUGUGCCUUUUCCAUCGAAAACAGGCAUGGGGAAGAUGGUUGAAAAAAAAGGAUAAUCUACGUGUACCAAAUGACAUGAAGACAUUUCUGGAUAUGUGGCAAGAAAUUUCAGAAUCACCAACAGAGAGAGAAUUUAGAGAUCGCGUAGAAGAGUUGCGAACGCAUGAGGUUUCUCGGAGAAACGAGCGUGCAUGGCCAUACUUUCAACAGCAAUGGCUAACGGUAUGUGAAAGAUGGGUGAAAGCGUAUGAGGACAAGGGCAGAUUUGCAACUAUUGACACUACAAAUGGAGUUGAAGCCAUGAACAAGGUUGUAAAACAUUUUUUCCUCAAACACAAUUCAGACAGGACUUUAACUGGGGUUACUAAGGUUAUAAUAAACCAGUUUCUUCCAAGCCUAAUUAGAAAGUACUGUCUGCAGAAUUCUGCCAUCAAAGCUUAUAACAAAGAUGUUCCACUGUUUUUGCAUAAAAAAACAAACAAGUUUGUGAAACAUGUCAUGCAGAGAUAUGCAUCGGCAAAAGUUGAGUUAACUGCAAGAUCAGUGAGUAGGAGAUCGGAUGGUUCAUUUUGUGUGGAGAGUGCAAAGUCCAAAAACUGUAAUUAUGUUGUAAACUUUGAUGUACCAGAUUGCACAUGUGAAGAUUUUCGGAGAUAUAAAUACCCAUGCAAGCAUUUCUGUGCAAUCUUUAUUUUUUACCCAGAGUGGGGUUUUGAUAAAAUGCCAGAAAGUUAUAAGACUAGUCCAUUAAUCUGUCUUGAUGAAAUGUAUGGGGUGGGCUUUAGAAGUGGCUCUUCAGUAAUUUCAUGUGAAGGCAGUAGUAGUGACGAAGCUGUUGAGGAGGCAGUUGAAGCAGCUGAGGAGGCUGUCGAGGUUGAGGAGGCUGUCGAGGUUGAGGAGGCUGUCGAGGUUGAGGAGGCUGUCGAGGUUGAGGAGGCUGUCGAGGUUGAGGAGGCUGUCGAGGUUGAGGAGGCUGUCGAGGUUCAGGAGGCUGUCGAGGCAGCAAAUACAGAUGGUGUUGUUCAAACCCAGAAUAUUCCUUUGCAGCAGUUUGAAGCAAGGGAGCUGUGUAAACAGAUUUAUAAUCUCACAUACAACUGUAGCAACAGCGAAACAUUACAAAAAGUACUUGAAUCACUGAGCAACUGUGUGCAAGAUUUGCAAUUAGCAAAUCCUGAAGUUGGUGGUCUCCCAUUAGCAGUGCCAUCAACUUCCAAACAAUAGCGAAGAACGAUGCCAAAAGCCUUACAAGAUCUAUCUUAAACACAUUAUAACUUCCCAUUUGAAGGGUAAGAAAUGACGGUUUAUUUGAAUUUUAGAUAGCUCUUUGUCUAUGUAAAAUACAAAUAAGCUCCGUCAUUUCUGAUCUUCGAGAUGGAAUGCUAUGAGGUCUUUAUGUUGGUCUCUGCUUUUAAACUUUGUUGCACAUUUGAAUUUCGAAGUAGCAAUAGAUAAAAUAUUAUAAAAAGGAUAGUUGCUACAUUUGUGUGUGUGUUUGUGAGUGAGCGAGUGUCCGCGUGCGCUUUUGAAAAGGCCCUUGUUGCCCGAAAGAUAAGUCCGACAGUCUUUUUGUUGUGCCUUUCUGUGACUCAGCAUCUUCACCAUUUGGUGAGCAGCAACAACUAUCCUUUUCAUAAUAUUGUUACAUUCCAUCCUUGAUUUUUCGUUGUUCGUCAGAGAAAAGAUUUUUCUGAGGAAUUAAACUAGUUGGUAGUGUAGAACUUGCAAACUUUUUAAAAUAUGAAGUAAAAGAUUUUAACUUUAAAUUAGGUUAAUUCAAAUAUGGGACAAUGUUGAGAACUGAAAAGGUGGAAAAAAUAAAUAAGAUAUAUCUUAGUGGCAUUGAGAUGUCGUAUGACUGAUGGAGGAAAGAUUUUGCAUUUCUUUUUCCAAGUAAGAAUGCACUUGCUUCAAUACAUGUCUAGUGAUUCACGUGAAACAGAGAAAAGGAUAGACUGCCCUGUUAAUGAACAUGAGAUUGCCCAGUAUCACUCUGACAGAAGAGUAUGGUGUUUCCUUGAUAUGGUAUCUGGUCAGCAAUGUCAUUGGGACCAAAUGAAAGUUACUGCAGAUACCACACAGAAGCAAUUACUGUUACUGGAAUACCAGUAAUGUUUAUUAAAUUCAGUUGUAAAGUAGUUCUGGGCAUUGCAGCUGGUGAGCAAUGUCAUUGGGCACCAAAAGAAGUUCAGUUAUGAUGGAUUACUGGCCUUCAGUCCAUGGGAAAAUUCACACCAGAUUGCAUCAAGACUGUUAUAUUCCAAGGAUAUCUCGGAAGAUUGAUAGUAUUCCUGAAGGAAAACAAUCCAUGUAGUAUUUCACGUGUGUAUCAAACUCCAUUUGUUGUGGCACAUAAAUGUUUGCAACUUGAUUGUAAUUUUUGAACAGUUUCUCAACAAUCCAAGAAUUUCUUGUAAUGAAAAGUAGACAUUGUUGCUUGGGUAAAGGAAAUACAAAUCACGGGCAAUAUAACUACCUUAUUAACUUUCCACAGAGAAAUAUUUUUCACUACUGCUACUUAAAAAUUCAAAUGUGUGACAAAGUUUGCUUACAGAACUUGGCAUAAAGAUCUCCCUUAUUUGUAUUUUUUAGGUAGCUCUUAUUGUUUGAUCCUUCAAAUGGAAUGCUAUGACCUCCAUGUGAUCUAUUCCUUAGUAGUUAAUUAUCCAUUAAGGCACAAAUAUAUGAACAUUACAAUGAGAGGGGUCUUUAUGCCAGGCCCUGUAAAAGUAAUGGCAUCUUACUUAAUAUUAUUGUUGGGAAUUUGAUGGCACAGCUGUGGGAGACCACAAAUUUCAGGGUUUGCUGCAAAUCUGGCACACAGUUGCUGAGUGAUUCAAGUACUUUUCAUAAUGUUUCACUGUUGAUACAGUUGUAUGUGAGAUUAUAAACCUGUUUGAACAACACCUUCACUUCAAAUUGCUGCAAAGAAAUGGUUAAGGUAUCAGUGUGAUGCUCUAUAUGUGUUUCCUCUACUGUGUCCUCAUUGCUACUGUCUUCAUGUGAAAUUACUGCAGACACACUUCUGAAACCAAACCUGUACAUCUUGUGAAGACAGAUUAAUGGGCUAUUCCUGCAGCUGUCUGGUAUUUUAUCAAAACCCCACUCUGGAUAGAAAAUAAAGAUUGCACAGAAAUGCUUGCAUGGGUAUUUAUAUAUCUCAAAAUCUUCACAUGCGCAGUUUGGUAGAGCAAAACUUACAACAUAAUUAGUCUUUGAACAUUGUACUCUCCAUACAAAACAUUGUCCAACUUCACAUUCACUAAUCUUGCAGUUAAUUCAACUUUCCCUGGUGCAUAUCACUGCAUGACAUGUUUCACAAACUUGCUUUUUUUUUUUUAAAAAAAAUGAAAAAACAGUGGGUCAUGUCUGUUAUGAUUUGAUGGCAGAAUUCUGCAGACAGUACUUUCUAGUUAGGCUUGGAAGAAAUUGAUUUCUUAUAUCCCUAGUAGCCCCAUUGAAGGUCCCAUCUGUGUUCCAUUCUAGGAAAACAAAAUGUUUACAAUCUUGUUCAUGGCGUCAACUCCACUUGUAAUGUCAAUGGUAUCAAAAUUGCCCUUGUCCUCAUAAGCUUCCACUCACUUUUCAUGUACCAAUAGCCACUGCUGUUAAACGUACGGUGAUGCAUAUUCGUUUCUCUGAGAAGCCUCACUAUCUCUUCUGUAUGAUCUGUAAAUUCUCUGUUGGUGAUUCUGAAAUUUCUUGCCACAUGCCCCGAAAUCUCUUCAUGUCAUUUGGUAUUUAUUCAGCCAUCUUCCUCAAACCUGUUUGACUGAAGAGGCACAAGUAAACUUUUGUCUGAGGAAAUGCUUGAUCAGUUGCGUUUAUCUCAGACUAUAAGAAAUCAGUAACCCAGUAGGUGGGAUUCCAAUCCUUGAAAAUGGCUAGUGCUUCAUGAAUGGAUCUCGCAUUUUCAACUUGAAUGAAAAAGAAAACCGAAUAACCCACAUUACUCUUUACAGCUAUAAAAAAAUAAAGGCAUAUCAUGUGUUGUUGUUUUGUAUGUUGCAUAUAACAACUAUCCCUGUACUUCUUCAAAAGAUCUCUUUGCUAACAGCUCUGAUAGAAAAAAGUGAUGGUUUCACUCCUCCAUUGGCACCUAUACCAUGUUUGUAAUAAAUCAUGUGAUUGCUUUAUUCCUUGUGCCACUCGUCAGCAUGAUUCUGCAAUCUAGUCUCGUCAAACAAUGCUUUAUUUGUACAUUACAAGGUCCAAUAUGUGUGAAUAUAAUUUUUUUCAGUGGGGUAAAAUGUAGUAUUAAUUAGACCUGGUAUGUGUGUCCCAGUGAAAUUAUCAAUAAAUGUAUCUAGAGCCAAAUUAUUGGCUGUAUGAUGUCAUUCCAUCAUGCACCUGAAUUUGUAUUUCCUUUACAAGCUAUUGUUAGCAUGUGUGUGUGCUGAUUUGCUGGAGAAGCAGAGAGAUAGUGUUUCAGCUAUCUUUGAGACAGUUAAAGGAGGUGCUUUAGAAAUGAGUGUCCUGAUUGAUAUGAAAAACAGUUUUCAAAUUUUCUGUACAAACUAUAAACAGUUCCUCAGUUGGUGAUUGUGGAAGAGAUUGCCAUAGCCACAGUAUUGAUCCACUGUCAGGUGGUAAACCUAAGAUUUCCUUCCAGUAUGAGCCAAGUGAAGUAAAACUGUGGUUGGAGAAAUGUUUUAUAUUCUUAAACUGAGUAUUUGUAACCCAUUAUGGUGGAUUACAGUUCAUGUGUCAACACUUAAAAAUGUUUAGUUCUUCACUGAUGACACUUGAUACAAUUCCAAUUUUUAAGGCUAUUCUGUGUCAAGUUAAAUUUUGAAUUAUCCAUUUAAGCUUAUUUUUUGCUGUGUGGCAGGUGGAUUUAUGUUCAUGUAAUAUUUUUAACAUUGAUUGU